AUGAGUGUACUAUGGCAGGUCAGUGCAAUUUUACUCACAAUUCAUCCCAAUAACAAUCAAUCCAAGUCUAUUGCUAUGAUAGUCGUUUCUGAAGUCGGUGAUAAGACAUUUCUGAUCGCUGCAAUUCUCGCUAUGAGAAGCCCGCAACUAAUCGUAUUUAGUGGUUCAUUUGGUGCACUUGCCGCCAUGUCUGUACUCUCAGCGCUGCUGGGACAAAUACUACCCGCAAUCCUCCCCAAGACUUAUACACAAGUAAUGGCAGCUGUCCUAUUCCUCGUAUUUGGAAUAAAGAUGUACUUGGAUGCCAAAGCGAUGCAGGGUGGCAGUAAGGAAGUUGAGGAGGAUAUGCAAGAAGCGAUACAAGAAAUAGAACACAAAGACGACGAACUCCCCAAACCCACUGCUCAAUCACGCAAAAAGACAACUUUUGACACUUUUAGGGAGUUAUUAAUCACCGUAUUCAGCCCCGCUUUCGUACAGGCUUUUGCUCUCACUUUCCUAGGCGAGUGGGGUGAUCGUAGCCAAAUAUCUACCAUCGCUUUGGCUGCCGCUCAUGGAUGGAAAACUGUUGCAUUUGGUACUAGUUUGGGUCACGCUAUGUGCACUGCUGUCGCAGUGCUUGGCGGACGCAUUGUCGCAUCGAGAAUAUCUAUAAAAUCAGUCACAUAUGGUGGCUCUGCCCUAUUUAUUCUUUUCGGAUUCGUAUAUGUCUGGGACAUACUGGUAACCAUGACUUCCCCUGCUAUCCAAGUUUAA